UGCCAUAAAAUAGGACAGGGGUGAUAACUUGGUUGCCUGGACCGAGCUCAUGCUCCCGAAUUUUUUCGGUAAUAAUAAUAAUAUUAGCUAAAUUAGUGCCUGCGCCGCCUCUUUUAAUCAAAACCACUACAAUAAUCAAAAUCAGUUCAAUAAAAAACGUGGGCUCCGAUGGAAAUGUGAUGGAACCCAAGCACUGAAAAUUAUUAUGAGUGAGCUUCAAUCGACUAUAGAAUUCUCCGUGGAACUGUACAAAUUCUACAAUGUCGAUUUAUUUCAGCGAGGAAUGUACCAAGUGCGUUGUUCUCUGCGCGUUUCAUCGAAACUGAGCGUCGAAGUGGAGGUUACCACCCCUGAAGUGAGUGCCGGUCUUGGUACUGCCAUCGUCCUCGGCAACUACGGCGCCUGUCGUCCCUUCCAGAUUCUCUACCGCAACGAAGAGGUGUCCUUGAAGGAUGUGGUACUGUUCAGGUGCCACAUGCUGGUCGACGGAAAUAACCUGAAGGAGUCGCUGGAGAGAGCCGAAUUCUCGUUGGUUCUCGAGCUUUGGUUCAGUGAUAGUUCACCGGUGUCGAUGGUGAUGGUCUCGUCGAGGACUCUUCAAUUGAAUAUGUCGCCGGCGGAGGGACUGCACUACCAUUUGCCUGUCCUCUUCGAUUAUUUUCAUCUCUCGGCCAUUUCGUUGACGAUCCAUGCCGUACUCACGGCCCUGCACCAGCCCUCGAUGAAACGAGGCAUCCUGCGCUACAUGCAGAGCUGUGCCCCGAAAUCGUCAAAAUCCUGGAGUAAAAUUCGUUCGGCACAUUGUUCUUCAUUAACGGAUCCCGUCCUUCCAGUGAGUAGUCAUAAGAUUUAUAGCAAAAUUAACGAAUCUCCACAAAUACAUUUAGAAGCACGUGAUGUUCUAUUAGAUGCUAGCAAUAACCUUAAAACAACUAUUAAAGAAUAUAAGAUAUUAUUUAUGCAGAGAGAAGAAACUUUAUCUGAUAAUUACGAUACUUUAAUACUGAAACCUCAUCACAGAUACGACACGAGAAAAGUGAGUCGCAAUUGUCGCAAUUUCUCACUUCUUAACCAAAAUUUCCAGUCAUCCAGUUCGUGUCUCGCCGAACUGUGCGCUGAUAAUAUAAGACUGUGGAAUUAUUUCCUCUUGAACUUCAGUUGUAAAACAACAAUCCAGCAACAUUUGAGCAAAAAACAUCACCAAUUUCGGGUGCGGCGCUUCUCCGAGUUGUUUUUCCUCGUUUACAACCCUCGCCGGUCGGCGAUUGGCUGUUUCGACACCAAUUACCAGAAUUACCUCUUGGUCGCCGAAAUCGCCAAAAGGUCCAAAUACAUGCAAUUACUGCCCCCACUUCCGGUCCAUUGCGCCGCCCUUGACGGCGAUAACACGACCAUGCCCAUCAUCUUCGAAGACCAGUACCAAGACCCCUUCGACGAUUUAGUGCCAAAGAAAGACAAGCACUGUUCCUGCGGGAUGGAGUGGAAAUGCUCGGAGAAGACCCUAGUCAAUGAUGAUGUUUUUUACGAAGAUUCGCAUUCGAAGCCCACUAGACAUAGCAAAUCCUUAGAUCAACUACAAAUGUGUUCACGAAAUAAGUUAAAUUUUUUCGACGAAUCAAAACUGAAAAACGUAGCGAGUGAGCAUAACAUGAAGCGACUUUACAUCUACGACAAAGUCUGCAAUUGUUCGCAAAAACUUGACUCGUCCAUAGAUUUAAUAGAUGUCGAUAUUUUAGAUAAAAAAUACAAACAGUUUAACAUCGAGAGCACGCAAAACUUCUUCCGGUCAAACUCCAUGCAGUUUUUCUCGCCAAGGAAAAAACCCAAACCGCGACGUCAAAGUACAAAAAAAUACAAUCAAAAACACUUCGAUUUGGGCUCGAGUAGCAGCUCGGAGAGUCUUAGUGGUGGUAAUCUUGGGGUUAGGAAAGUCCGGAGUACUUCGUGUUUGGGCCAAAGAACCACCCCUUUGGUACUCUCCGGGACGGAAUCCUUGCCCAAUAUCAAGCCAGCCGUGGAGAGGCAAUACCCCGGAGUGAAGUACUACAGUUCUUCAUCGUCGACGACGAGCGAGCAAAGCGGGUGGAUCACCUCGAGGAGCAGUUCAGUGGCGUCGAGCACAGAUAUAGGCAAUGCGGUGGUAACAGGACUCUUGACCAACAUUGAAAGCAUCCAACGGAAGAUUUUGAAUCUUCCGAGGAAGAAAAAUGGAAACUACAGGAAAAACAAAGGCUGUGAAUUUAAUCAAAGUUUCUGCGACGAAAUCGCUCUACCUCCCCCGAAACAAUUCCGGGAUUUGGACUCACCCUCGAGUUCCAUCACGAAUGGAACCAAUGAGGAGGAGAUAAAUGCCGUUGAUAACAUUCUCUACCACGUGGUGGACACCCAAACCACACUGGAGAGAAAACCGGAGGAGGGAUACCAUCAGUUUUACAAAGGCUCCAAGUCCGAGUCGGAGAAGGCGUUUGUUCGCGCCAAAAACGAGUUCAAAAGUCAAUUAAACUUCCCCGGAAUCCUGUAUUCUGAUUUCACGUCGUUCGCUUCGACGAUUCCCUAUUUUCAUAUAAGCGACGAAUUUCGUAUUUUUUCGCCUGAAGGAAUGCAUUUGAUUGUGUGCGUGCACGGCCUUGAUGGAAAUUCGGCCGAUUUGCGACUAGUCAAGACGUAUCUAGAGCUUGGACUUCCUGGGGCUUACCUCGACUUCCUUAUGUCCGAGCGAAAUCAAGGAGAUACUUUUAGCGAUUUUGAUACCAUGACCGAUAGAUUGGUCAGCGAGAUUCUUCAUUACUUAGACACAAGUAGCAUUCGGCCUACGAGAAUAAGCUUCGUGGGUCACUCCUUAGGUAACGUUAUAAUUCGAUCUGCCUUAACGCGGCCCCAGAUGAAAUUUCUACUCCCAAGACUGCACACUUUCUUAUCACUCUCUGGACCACAUCUGGGCACUUUGUACAACAGUAGCGGAUUAGUUAACAUGGGCAUGUGGUUUAUGCAGAAAUGGAAAAAAUCGGGUUCGCUCCUUCAACUCUGCUUGAAGGACUCCAACGACGCUCGCCAGUCAUUUUUGUACAGAUUGAGUCAAAAAAGCACUUUACAUCACUUUAAAAACGUGCUACUUUGCGGUUCGGGACAAGACAGAUACGUUCCGUUGCACUCGGCCCGCAUCGAGCUGUGCAAAGAAUCGAUCAAAGACACUUCCGAUCAGGGCGCCAUCUAUCGAGAAAUGGUCCACAACAUAAUCUCCCCGAUAAUUGCUCAGAAAGAGGUGAACCUCGUACGUUACGACAUUCAUCAUGCCUUACCAAACACGGCGAAUGCUUUAAUUGGUCGAGCGGCACAUAUUGCUGUUUUGGAUUCGGAACUUUUUAUUGAAAAAUUCAUGGCUGUAGUUGGAAUCAAAUAUUUCCGUUGAACUAUUCUAUUUAUUAAAUAUAGAAGUUUUACAAAAUAAAUUAAAAUACAUUUUAGUCCUAAGUAAUUUUAUACCUUCACUAGAACGAAAUUUUCACAAAUGAGUAGAUUUUAAUGACACGUACUUUUUUUGACAUUAUUAUUAUUAUUAUUAUUGAACACUUUGGUCACCUGCUUGAAUUGGUGCGUGGAUCGCAUCUUUGACGACUCAACACCCCAUUUAACUCACUCGGACCCGAAUCCUAGAAAAAAUCAAGUAUGAAACUCAAGCGGAAAGUUUUAUACCAACACGCACAACGAAACUAUGUCAAAAAUAGUACAGAACUGAUUUAAAUGCGCUUCUGUAUUGUGUUAUCUAGGCACUCUUGUUCUACAGGGUGUUUGAUAUAAAACAAACUAGUCGGAUUUGUCCCGUUUUAAUACCCCUUUUAUUUGAUUCUUCAUUUGUUCAAAUCGGAAGUUAUAGGUGGUGGCGUUUUUUAUGACACACCCUGUAAAUCAAAUGGCACCAAAACGACACAAUUUUUUCUUGACGUCUCCGCCCACUCUGUGACAAUGACCCUUUCAGUGCCAUUUUGGUGCCAAUUUUGUUUUUUUUUUUAAUUAGAGAACUCUUUCGUCUAUUUUUUUAAAGUUUUUGAUGCCGAAAUCAUACCUGACUAUGGUAUACGUUUUAUAAAAUGUUAUUGAAUUAAUAAAUGUUUACUAAAGUUUGCUUUUUA